UAAAAACCGGCAGAUCCCUGAAAGGUGCGGAUGCUUAUUAUAGACCUACGCGACACUAGCGCCCAGAGCCAGGAUCUCCACUGCAGCUUUUUGGAGCGAGCUCCUCAAAUCGAAUUCACACUCUGAGGACCCUGGGAGAAAGGACCUUGCAAAAGCUGCGACUAUUCCCCGGGGCCAUGGACUCGGACGCCAGCCUGGUGUCCAGCCGCCCGUCGUCGCCAGAGCCCGAUGACCUUUUUCUGCCGGCCCGGAGCAAGGGCAGUAGCGGCAGCAGCUUCACAGGCGGCACAGUGUCCUCGUCCACGCCGAGCGACUGCCCUCCAGAGCUGAGCGCCGAGCUGCGCGGAGCCAUGGGCGCGGCGGGCGCGCACUCCGGGGACAAGCUGGGCGGCAGUGGCUUCAAGUCAUCCUCGUCCAGCACUUCAUCGUCCACGUCUUCAGCGGCUACGUCGUCCACCAAGAAGGACAAGAAACAGAUGACUGAGCCGGAGCUGCAGCAGCUGCGCCUCAAGAUCAACAGCCGCGAGCGCAAGCGCAUGCACGACCUCAACAUCGCCAUGGACGGCCUGCGCGAGGUCAUGCCUUAUGCGCACGGCCCGUCGGUGCGCAAGCUCUCCAAGAUCGCCACGCUGCUCCUGGCGCGCAACUACAUCCUCAUGCUUACCAACUCUUUGGAGGAGAUGAAGCGACUGGUGAGCGAGAUCUACGGAGGCCACCACGCCGGCUUCCAUCCGUCGGCCUGCGGCGGUCUGGCGCACUCUGCACCGCUGCCCGCGGCCGCCGCUCACCCGGCGGCCGCCGCUCACGCGGCCCACCAUCCGGCAGUGCAUCACCCCAUUCUGCCUCCCGCCGCAGCCGCCGCAGCUGCCGCCGCCGCCGCCGCCGCGGUGUCCAGCGCCUCUCUGCCGGGCUCCGGGCUGUCGUCUGUCGGCUCCAUCCGGCCUCCGCACGGCUUGCUCAAGUCUCCGUCAGCGGCCACGGCCGCCCCGCUCGGGGGCGGGGGAGGCGGCAGCGGAGGCAGCGGUGGCUUCCAGCACUGGGGAGGCAUGCCCUGCCCUUGCAGCAUGUGCCAGGUGCCACCACCACACCACCAUGUGUCGGCUAUGGGCGCCGGCAGCCUGCCGCGCCUCACCUCCGACGCCAAGUGAGCUGGUCGGUGCUGGAGCGUUCUGGAGAGCAGGGGGUGCCCAGAGGGUGCAGAGAAGCGAGGGGACUGGCCGGCACUAGGGCUCGCGAGGAGGGGCUCAGGACCAUGGGCUAGGGUGGGGAAUGAUUGGGACUACAGCACCCGGGAAUGGAAGUAAUGGGAACGCGCAGAGUGGGGAGUGAGGGGCGCUUGACUCCGGGACCUAGUUCGGCCCUCGGCUUUAAACUGCGCAGAUCCGGUAGACACUACUUCGUAAAAUGGCACCACCGUUUGCGUUCUUCACUCGAAUUCCUUCUCUCCACCCAGGGGAAAGAGUCUAAAAACUGUUUCCCCAAGAGCCACGGUUUAACUCCCAGACUGGACCCAGGCAGCACUUCGUGGGGGGUCGGGGGACUUUCCCUCCUUCCUCCUUUCUCAGCUGGUAGGAGACUCUGGGAUCCUCACUGCAGAAGCAACCGCUGGGCCUCACCCUCAAGGGUCAGCUCCAAGCCUGGGCCAGGGGCAAUGAGUUAGAUGGAAGUUGGUGCUGGUACCCGAAGCACUUACGGUCGUGUCUGGUUAUGCCCGGUUUCCAUAUCUGGGUAAACCCACAUCGUGUAAAAACUGUGGCCAUUCCUGUCUCUCUUGUUGACUUGGGGGUUUGUGGUUUUCUAAUAAAUCUGUGAAUGUUCCUUUUUCAA